CUCCGCCCCAAGCCUAGCGUCACCGUUAGAGGGUCACAUUCUGAAAAGAGGUUGUGGUACAAGGUGUAGUUUUGCUUUGAAAUAGAGUAUCGGCUAGUCGGUCCGGUGUCCCGCGCGAGUCGACUCCCCGCACUCUAACUUUGUGCCAGCCAUAACGGUUGUCUUUCAUCACCGUCAUCUCUUCAUUCCCCAUUCAUCUACCACUAAUCAGCAAGAGACCGUUCAUUGCUCUCAGUUUCUUUCUUCUUCUCUUUUCCAUACCGUAGAGCAAUCAUGGCACCUGCCUUGAAUCAUCCGUCCGCCGUUGCCUUCCUCGACGAGCAUCAUCGGCCAGUUCAUGGUGAACCUGCCGACUAUUACGGCGGUAAGGAGCAUUUCAGCCGCUCGAGAACGUACAGUGCCUCAUUCUCGCAUGGAUACAAUCCGAAACGUUUACCUGCCUUCGAAGACGAGUGGCAUACUCGCGCCCGGCGUAUGUCUCACGACGAGAAGAGCAUGACGCACCCUCGUCGGUUUCUCAUCGACGUUGAAGAGACUAUUCGUGUCGUGCUGGAGCAGGAAGACACCGAUGGUGACUUCCAGAUUAGUGUUACCGACGCCGGUCCUAAGAUUAUGGUUCUCGGUACUGCUACCAGUAACGGUUUUAAGACGUUUGACAUCAGGGGCACAUACAUGCUUUCCAAUCUUCUCCAGGAGCUUGCCCUAGCUCGCGACCACGGGAGAAAGCGUAUUGUCUUGGACGAAGCCCGUCUGACAGAGAACCCCGUCGAUCGCCUUUCUCGUAUGAUCAAAAACUCUUUCUGGCACUCGCUCACUCGUCGGAUCGAUGGCGACGGCCUAGAGAUCAUUUGCGCCGAUCCGAAGAACCGUACUGGACGUAUCAACCCUCGUAUCUAUGUUCCUCAUGGUGAGCCUGCGAUGGCAGAGUACUACAGGAAAGUCGCCAGAGAUAAGCCACACCUCAAUCUGGAUGUGCAAGUCCUUCCUCCGAAGCCGGAUGACCCGCACUUUGUCAAGAGCUUGAACAAUAAGCCUGGCAUACUUGCUCUUGCUAUGAACGAGGUUGAUGAUGUACACGGUGGUAAGACCUUGAAGGGCAUUCCGUUCAUCGUUCCUGGCGCCCGUUUCAACGAGCUCUACAACUGGGACUCGUAUUUCAUUUCGCUUGGCUUACUUGUCGACGGGCAAGUCAAUAUGGCCAAGGGCAUGGUUGACCACUUUAUCUUCGAGAUACAGCACUACGGCAAGAUCUUGAACGGCAGCCGAAGCUACUACCUGUGUCGAACCCAGCCUCCCUUCCUCACUGAUAUGGCUCUACAAAUAUACAAUCAGCUCGACCGCUCAGAUGUUGACUCCAAUCGUGUGUGGUUGAAACGUGCUAUCCAAGCGGCCAUCAAGGAAUAUCACACCAUCUGGGUUGCAGAACCUCGGAUAGACCCUAAGACUGGGCUUUCGCGCUAUCGUCCCGAUGGUCUUGGUAUUCCUCCAGAGACUGAAGCCACCCAUUUCACCCACAUCCUUGAACCCUAUGCUGCCAAGCAUGGCCUCUCCGUUCUUGAAUUCAGCGAACGUUACAACGACGGAACCCUCAAGGAGCCAGCCCUCGACGAGUAUUUCCUCCAUGACAGGGCGGUCCGUGAGUCGGGACAUGACACGACAUACCGAUUCGAAAAGCGCUGUGCGAACCUCGGCACUAUUGACUUGCAAGCGCUGCUGUACAAGUACGAGGUAGACAUCGGAACUGCUAUUCGGGAGGUGUUUGAUGAUGAGCUUGACAUGGAAGAGGAAUUCAACCUCGCCCCUUUUCCACCUUCCCCUGAAACUUACGUCAAUCCGUACCGGGAGAAGUCGACUUCACGUCCACAGAACAGCCAAGAAUGGUUCAAACGUGCCGAGUUCCGUAAGAAAAUGAUCGACCAGUAUUGCUGGAACGAGAGCAAAGGCUUGUAUUUCGAUUACGACACUGUGCAAGAGAAACAGAUCUUGUAUGAGAGUGUAACAGCAUUUUGGGCGUUGUGGGCAGGGUGCGCGAGCGAGGAGCAGUGCUGGAAGUUGCUGUCACAAUCGCUGAAGAAGUUUGAAGUUCUCGGUGGUCUUGUCUCUGGAACGGAAGAGUCGAGAGGAAAGAUCUCCUUGGAUCGACCUAACCGUCAAUGGGACUAUCCAUAUGCAUGGCCACCUCAUCAAAUUAUGGCGUGGGUGGGACUUGAAAGAUAUGGUUACCUCGAGGAAGCUCAACGACUUGCGUAUCGAUUCCUUUACAUGAUGACAACAGCUUUCGUUGACUUCAACGGUGUGGUUCCUGAGAAAUUUGAUGCCGUCAGGUUGUCCCAUCUUGUAGACGCCGAAUACGGUAAUCAAGGCAUCGACUUCAAGAUGGUACCUCGUGAAGGUUUUGGUUGGAUGAACGCUGCCUAUCAAGUUGGUCUCACCUUCCUGUCGACGGGCAUGCGGCGAGCGGUUGCAGCCUGCACAAGUCCUGAAGUCUACUUUGGUCCUGCAUUAGUCAACCCACAACCUACAGCUGCUCAGCAAUAUAUCGUUGGCACCAUUACCGAUCCUCUUGGUUUAGCUAUGGAUAACCUGCAUCUCUCCUCGCCUAUAUCCCCGACGUAUUGAAUCCUUGAUUCCAGGAGAUGCUUCUGAACGCGUCAUAACUCUCCUUGAUCUUUUGUCCACGUAUCAUAAAUUACGCGCAUGCGUGUAGUUUCUCCCAGUCAUGCCUAUCACGCAAUUCUUUCUUUUAUUCUCUUCAUCUUCACGGACAUUCUCACUUUUCUUUUUGGACUGUCGACUGUCUGAAACUCUGCAUGAUCGUUCUCUGUCUCUCUGUCUUCUUCCUAUUUUCUUUUCCCCAGUACGUAGAGUCAUCGUGUAGAAUCACCUUAAACGCAAGCUAGUUCCUGACCCCUUUGCUCGAACAUCUGGCCAAACACCUAGCGCUCGCUAGCUCGACAACGUGCUGGGUGACUGUUGCGUUUGUAGCGCAUAGAAUAGGUUAGGAUUGUGCGUGUCCUGGGUGUCUCUCCCAAAUUUCGUAGACGCUUCGCACAGUGGCUGGACUCAUCCUGCAUCCCAUAGUAGGUUCAUUUAGGAAUAUCGAACUACCACUGGUACUUGCUACUAUUGAAAUAAACGAUCGUGCGGG